AUGCCUUCGAAAAGAUGGUCCACCACCGGCAUUCCGCGCAGCAUCAGAAAAAACUACUGGAAGGGCGGCGCUCCAAUCGUGUCCUACUCACCAAAUAGCCAGAGUACGGGACAAACUCGCGCUGAGUCCCAGUACGUUGUAGACAGGCUCACCGAGAGGCGCGAGAACUUCAUUGGUAAACAGGCCGAUGUGGAUGAAGAUGCUAAGGAUGACAAUAGCCUGAGUGACGAGGAGGUCGAGUCCUCUCUCCCUGCUCUGCAGAUGACGAAGGGCGAGAGCUCGAAGAAAAAGGAGCCUCAGUCCAGCUCAAGUGGUACGUCGACGAAGGACAAGCCUAUUGUCAUCUUCAAGAGACCAUCGGCUAAGGCUCUUCCAAUCCGCACCAAGCCCUCACUAAUUACGCCGCAGCCAAGCAAGCAGCCCGCCGCCAAUGCCACGCAAGGCUCUUCGCGAUCUUCUGAAUCGCUCGAGGCCGUGCAAUCAUGA